CCCAAGAUGGCGCCCGAAACCCGGAAGUGAGCGCGGCCGCGGCGAAGCUCGGAGAAACGGAGGUGCCGCGGGCUCCGCGCCCGGCCGGACCCGGGUCCGAGGUCAUGAUGCCACCACCACGGAGCAAGAAGCCCAGAUAGAUGCCCCUGCGGUCCGGCUCGUGGAGCCCCCCGAUGCUGGCAGUGGGGCCCACCAUGGACGGGGAGUUCCCUCCGCACGAGCCUCCACCAGCCGGCAGUGUCCUGUACAGCCCGCCGCCCCUGCAGACCCCGCUGUGCGGGCCCAGCGUCCAGAAUGCCAUGCUGCAUUACCCCUGGUGGAACAGCUUCUCGCCCACGCCAUACCCAGCCUUCUCCAGCGAAAGCCACCAGUUCAUGAACUCCUCCUUCAUUGUGGGCCAGCCCUGCGUGGACACCAGCUAUGGCCCUGCAGCCGCCACCCCCAGCUUCCCGCCAAAGAGCAGCGACUUUCCUCAGGACUCCUCGUACCUCGAUGACCUCUCCAAUGCCUCCAUCUUCUCCUCGUCCGUGGACUCCCUCUCGGACAUCGCAGACACACCUGACUUCCUGCCCGCCGACAGCCUCAGCCAGGUGCCCACCAUCUGGGACGUGAGCACUGGCCCCUCCACCCACGACAAGCUGUUCCUGCCCGGCGGGCCAUUUACAGGCCUUGAGGACCCUGUGUCCUCUCUCUCCAGCACCCCACUUCUCGUCAGCUACCAGUCUCAGAGUCACCCCGAGGAGGACGACGAAGCUGAGGAGGAUGAGGCGGAGGAGCUGGGCCACGCAGAGACCUACGCCGACUACGUGCCGUCCAAGUCCAAGCUUGGGAAGCAGCACCCGGACCGCGUGGUGGAGACCAGCACGCUGUCCAGCGUUCCGCCACCGGACAUCACCUACACCCUCGCCCUGGCCUCCUCCGACAGCGGGGCCCUUUCCGCCCUGCAGCUAGAGGCCAUCACCUACGCCUGCCAGCAACACGAGGUCCUGCUCCCCAGUGGGCAGCGCGCGGGCUUCCUCAUCGGCGAUGGCGCGGGCGUGGGCAAGGGCCGCACGGUGGCCGGCAUCAUCCUGGAGAACUACCUGCGAGGCAGAAAGAAGGCCUUGUGGUUCAGCGUCUCCAACGAUCUCAAGUACGACGCAGAGCGCGACCUGCGGGACAUCACCGCCCCUGGCAUCGCGGUGUACGCGCUAAGCAAGAUCAAGUACGGCGACAACACUACCUCAGAGGGCGUCCUCUUCGCCACCUACUCCGCCCUGAUCGGGGAGAGCCAGGCAGGCGGGCAGCAUCGCACGCGCAUCCGGCAGAUCCUGGAGUGGUGUGGGGAGGCCUUCGAUGGCGUGAUUGUGUUCGACGAGUGCCACAAAGCCAAGAACGCCAGCUCCACCAAGAUGGGCAAGGCCGUGCUGGACCUGCAGAACAAGCUGCCCCUGGCCAGGGUGGUCUAUGCCAGCGCCACAGGUGCCUCUGAGCCCCGAAACAUGAUCUACAUGAGCCGCCUGGGUAUCUGGGGUGAGGGCACGCCCUUCCGGACCUUCGAGGAGUUUCUGCAUGCCAUCGAGAAGAGGGGUGUGGGCGCCAUGGAGAUCGUGGCCAUGGACAUGAAGGUCAGCGGCAUGUACAUCGCACGCCAGCUCAGCUUCUCCGGUGUCACCUUCCGCAUCGAGGAGAUCCCGCUGGCCCCGGCCUUUGAGCACAUCUACAACCGGGCGGCCCUGCUGUGGGCCGAGGCCCUGGGCGUGUUCCAGCAGGCAGCCGACUGGAUCGGCCUGGAGUCACGCAAGUCCCUGUGGGGCCAGUUCUGGUCGGCCCACCAACGCUUUUUCAAGUACCUAUGUGUUGCCGCCAAGGUGCGCCGGCUGGUGGAGCUGGCCCGGGAGGAGCUGGCCCGGGACAAGUGCGUGGUUAUCGGGCUGCAGUCCACGGGUGAGGCGCGUACCCGGGAGGUGCUGGGCGAGAAGGAGGGCCAGCUUGAUGGCUUCGUGUCCGCUGCCGAAGGCGUCUUUCUGUCGCUAAUUCAGAAGCACUUUCCUUCAACCAAGAGGAAACGAGAGAGAGGACUGGGCAGUAAGCGAAAAAGGCGGCCGCGGGGCCGUGGGGCCAAGGUGCCCAGGCUGGCGUGUGACGCAGCGGGCGUGAUCCGCGUCAGUGACGACAGCAGCACGGAGUCGGACGGCGGCCUGGACAGCGACUUCCACUCCUCCCCCGAGUCCCUGAUGGAUGAUGACGUGGUCAUCGUGGAUGCCAUCGGGCUCCCGGCCGACGACCGCGGCCCCCUGUGUCCCCCACCGCGGGACCUGCACGGCCCCGGUGUCCUGGAGCGGGUGGAGCGGCUGAAGCAGGACCUGCUGGCCAAGGUGCAGGCGCUGGGCCGGGAGCUGCCCGUCAACACCCUGGACGAGCUCAUUGACCAGCUCGGGGGUCCAGAGUGUGUGGCGGAGAUGACCGGCAGGAAGGGCCGCGUGGUGUCCAGGUCUGACGGGACGGUGGCCUUCGAGUCCCGGGCGGAGCAGGGCCUCUCCAUCGACCACGUGAACCUCAGGGAGAAGGAGCGCUUCAUGAGUGGAGAGAAGCUCGUGGCCAUCAUCUCAGAGGCCUCCAGCUCUGGCAUCUCCCUCCAAGCCGACCGCCGGGUCCCGAACCAGCGGCGCCGGGUGCACAUGACAUUGGAGCUGCCCUGGAGUGCCGACCGGGCCAUCCAGCAGUUUGGCCGGACCCACCGCUCCAACCAGGUCUCUGCACCCGAGUACAUUUUCCUCAUCUCGGAGCUGGCUGGGGAGCGCAGGUUUGCCUCCAUCGUGGCCAAGCGGCUGGAGAGCCUGGGGGCUCUGACCCACGGGGACCGCCGAGCCACCGAGUCCCGUGACCUGAGCAAGUACAACUUUGAGAACAAGUAUGGCGCCCGGGCGCUCAGCUGCGUCCUGACCACCAUCCUAAGCCAGACAGAGAGCAAGGUGCCGCUGCCCCAGGGCUACCCUGGAGGGGACGCUGCCUUCUUCCGUGACAUGAAGCAGGGGCUGCUGUCUGUCGGCAUCGGCGGGCGCGAGUCCCGGUCCGGCUGCCUGGACGUGGAGAAGGCAGACUGCUCCAUCAGCAAGUUCCUCAACCGCAUCCUGGGGCUGGAGGUGCACAAGCAAAACACGCUCUUCCAGUACUUCUCCGACACCUUCGACCACCUCAUCGCCGCCGACAAGAAGGAGGGCAAAUAUGACAUGGGCAUCCUGGACCUGGCCCCUGGCAUUGACGAGAUCUACGAGGAGAGCCAGCAGGUGUUCCUGGCCCCCGGGCACCCACAGGAUGGGCAGGUGGUCUUCUACAAGAUCAGCGUGGACCGCGGCCUGAAGUGGGAGGAGGCCUAUGCCCGGUCGCUGGAGCUGAUGGGCACCCACGACGGCUUCUACCUCUCCUACAAGGUCCGUGGCAACAAGCCCAGCUGCCUGCUGGCCCAGCAGAACCGCGGCAAGCUCUUCACCGUGUACAAGCCCAACAUCGGGCGGCAGAGCCAGCUGGAGACCUUAGACAGCCUGUGCCGGAGGUUCCACCGGGUGACAGCGGAGGACGCCAGAGAGCACUGGGAGAGCAGCUACACCUUCUCGCUGACUCACUGCAGCCACAGCACGUGGAACCGGCACUGCCGCCUGGUGCAGGAGGGCAAGGACUGCGCGCAGGGCCUGAGGCUGCGACACCACUACAUGCUGUGCGGGGCCCUGCUGCGCGUGUGGGGCCGCAUCGCCGCCGUCAUGGCCGACGUCACCAGCAGCAGCUACCUGCAGAUCGUGCGCCUCAAGACCAAGGACAAGAAGAAGCAAGUUGGCAUCAAGAUCCCCGAGGCCUGCGUGCGCCGUGUCCUGCAGGAGCUGCAGCUCAUGGACGCCGAUGUGAAGCGCAAGCAGGCGCGCGCCCGGGGUCUCCCCGCGCUGCCACCCGCCCCGCGCCCGCUCGUGCUGCCCUGUGGCCCCGGCGAAGUCCUGGACCUCACGUACAGUCCGCCGGCCCAGGCCUUCCCGCCGCCCUCGCCCUUCGCCUUCCCGGCCCCGGCCCCCGGCGGCCUGCUGCUGGGUGCCCCCGACGCCCCAGCUGACCCCGCGGCGCUCCUGCACCAGGGUUGCGACAUCAACUUCAAGGAGGUGCUGGAGGAUAUGCUGCGCUCCCUCAAUGCCGCGCCACCCCCUGAGCCCCCCGGCCCGCUGGGCGCCGGUGGGGGCGCAGCAGGCACACCGGAGGGCAGCGGGGGCCCCGAGCGGCAGAGCGUCAUCCAAUUCAGCCCCCCCUUCCCCAACUCCUAGGCCCCGGGGCAUCCUUCCCGCACGAAACUUAUUUAUCUGUAAUAGGCGCCUUGUCUACGCGAAGCGGAUGGUGAGCAGGGCCAACACCGCUGCGGACUACUGAGAGGAGCAGGCGGGGCCAGGGGCCCUUCGUCCGGCCUCCUGAGGCCUCCACUGCAGUGCCUUCCCACCGGUGCCUGGGCAGACCCUCGAGACGCUGCCGGCCCUGGGGGUGCCCUCCGCCCUGCCUGGUGGGCAGUGGCCAUGUGCAGGCCCCACUCAGGACACUCAGGGGCCAGGCAGGGCCUGGGGGUGGGGGGCCUCCUCUGUGCCUCUGUCCUCUGCUGCCCUCCUCCAGGCCGGGGUUGGGGCUCCCACCCCACCCACCUUACCAGGCCCGGUCAGGCCUGGAUCCCUGAAAUCCACAAAACUGGGUGGCCCCAAGAGCUGGAAACUCAGGAAACCCCAGGUGCUCAGGGCCCCACCGCCUCUGGGGGGCUCCGUGGGGCAGAUCUUCUAUUAAUAUAUGCAACCCCCUCCCUGCUCUCUGUGCCCUAAAUUAUUGCCCAGCCACCUCUCCCAGGGCCUGGAAUCUCCUGCGGAGCUGGUGGGUGGCCCCCUGGUUUCUAUGUGUAUUUAUAAUGAAUUCAAGUGUAUAUAUGUAAAGAGAUCUUUUUUAAAUAUAUGUGCCUUUUCACUA